AUGACCGAAAAGCUACAGCCACUGUCGACGCAGACCGCGACUCCUAGUCAGAACCUCUUCGCCCCAAGCGUGACCGUCUCUACCCACAACGUUCCACGCAAGGUUGAGACGGUAGAGGAAGAAGAGCCGUACACAAUCAAGUGUAUCUGCAACUUCUCUGAUGAUGAUGGAAACACGAUCUACUGCGACACGUGCGACACAUGGCAGCACAUAGACUGCUUCUACCCAGACAGCCGAGAGGAGGCACUUCGCGAGGAUUUCGCCCACUCGUGCGCCGACUGCAAGCCGCGUCCACUAGACCGACAAAAGGCCAUUGAGCGCACCCGUCGGCUGAAGAACGGCGGCACCGCAGAAGGUGCCCCGGACAAGAAGGUCAAACGUCCGCCAUCCAAGAGCCACAAAAAGAAGCCAAAACCCACCGACUUGCAGCUGAAUGGUCUGGCCACGGGCCAGGAGAAUGCGAAGCACGGAAGUCCGAGCGAUCAUCCUCACCCGACCAAGAAGACGAAGACAUCCCACCGGCCUUCCCACUCGAUAAGUUCACAAAAUGCGAAGAGGAGCCCUUCGUACGGGAACAACCGCCCCCAACCCAACGGUCAUCCUCCAAGCCCUGCCACGACGCCUCCGGAUCUUCCGAGCGACUUUCAAAUACACAACUACUCGGACGGUUUUCUCUCGAUGACCAAGGAGGCAGACGUCCCUAUCACGCAAAUCAAUUCGUUUGCUAGCCUAUUGGUCUCAAACACUCUUUCCGUUUGGCUUCGCGAACCCCUUCGCUUGAGGAAAGACACAGGUGGAGAACUCAACGACGUUUUUGCUAAACUCCCCAAAGACAUCGACACUCAGAAGCGUCAGCUGCACGUGGAGAGCAAGAAGCUUCCCCUUGGUUCCGAUACCGUACUUCGGUGGCAGUAUCUCGCAACCCCUGCUGCCAUCGAGAAAGACGUGCCUUUGAUUGAACUCAACGGCGUCAUUGGCUUCCAGAAGGACUAUUGCGACGACCCCGAAAACCUGUGGGAGGAGCUGUCCUCGCCGCUUCCGUUCGUGUUCUUCCAUCCGAUGCUGCCGUUGUACAUCGACACCAGGAAAGAAGGAUCGCUUGCCCGCUUCGCCCGAAGGAGCUGCAAGCCAAACGCCAUUCUGGAUACAUAUCUGUCGGGGCAGUCUGAAUACCACUUUUGGCUAGUGAGUGAUCGGCACAUCGCUGCAAACGAGCAAAUCACGCUUCCAUGGGAAUUCAGGUUGCCCAAGAAGUUCCAAGCCCGUAUGCACCAUCUCUUGGGGGUCGCCGACGACGACACACAAGCCCAGAAUGAGGUUGAGAUGGACGAGGCAGAGUAUCAAACGCUCUCCGGCUGGAUUCAUCGGAUACUAUCCGAGCACGGCGGCUGUGCGUGCGAUCUAGGUGCAAAUUGCGCCUUUGCCCGCUUCCACAGACAACACCAGGCCAAAAUACAGUCUCGUCCCGCCGUCAAAAAGAAGUCAAGGAAACCCAAAACCCACACGAUUUCACCCACCAGUACCGGGCACGCCACCAACAGUCGCGCAGCCAGUGAAGGCCACCACGAUGACGUCGACAACGAUGCUCGGUCGGUAUCGGAGCGCAGCAAGCCCCCCAGCCGUGACCGUACGCCCUUGCGUCAAGGCUCCCUUGACCGACCCGGCAUCCUCACCGAACCUACUGACCGGGACAAGCGCAAAGUCCAGAUGGUUGAAGACUCAUUCAGACGCAUGGAACAACAACAGCCCCCUCGCAAGAAAAAGCGCGCGUCCGACGGCACUGGGUCCAAGACGAAACAGAGGAACUCGACCAGCAAUGCGUCCACAGGCACUUCGCAAUACGUCGACGCCGGGACAUCAAGGAGCAAGUCGAAUUCUCCGUCCGGUGAUGUUUCGCCGACAGCACAAAAUCCUCAUAAGGCAUCGGCGUCUCGGAAUGGUUCCGUUGCAACGCAGUCCAGACGGGAGUCCUCUGGACCUCGUCCUGUCUAUUGCGACGCUUCUGUGCAGACUGACCCAGUUGAGGGUGAAUGGUACAGCGAGCAUGUCCAGACCCCUAAGCCACGUCGCCGGAUUAUAUCCUUGUCUCAGCGAUUGCUCAACAACCGGCAUCGACUGCGAUGCGACGAGGCUGACAGACGCAAGUCCCUUCCGUCGACCAUGCUCCAGGAACCAACACCCAUGGAUGUAGACUCGCCUGCCGACCACAGACCUGUGACUGGUUCUCCGACACCGUCGAAAGAAUCGACUAACCCCGGACAAAUCACAUCGCCUGCUGCCUCAUCCGUGGGAGACAUCAUCAUGGCAGACGCCCCAACGAGAUCGCCAAGUACAAUCAAGUCGCCUAUACAGACCGAUUCCGCCACGGAGACGUUGGUCAACGUUGUGACCGGCCCCUCGAAGAUAAAGUCACCAGAACUCCGAGUACAGUUGCCGCCGGUUCCCGCUUUUAACGGUCCGGUGUUGGGAACACCCAGCGCGACAACGCCGUCUUCAGCCUCCACAACUGCGCAGUCCCCUUUCUCCGCCGGCAGUCUUUGCAACCCUUUUGCACCUUCGGCUGUCAAUGGCGCAGCGGCGCAUCCGAGCCCUGUGAAGAAGAAGUUGAGCCUCAGCGAUUACACAAAAAGCAGAAUGAACAAGGCGAAGAGUAUUGGCGGAUUGAAGACGUCGCUAUCAGGGACCGAGGAGUCGAAGCCGGCGCUUGAUGCCAUUGCCGACUCACCGGCUGUCGAUAAAGGCACAGAUGUCUUGACACCCGUAACGGGCAACACGGCCAACUCGAUCACCGCGGCCACAGCAACAAACAACUCCUUGUAA